GCUGCCCGGCCCGGCCCCAGCAGCCCCGCGGGAGCGCCCCGGCCCGCCCCGCCAUGCCCCCCAAGAAGCAGCAGCAGCCGGCGGGGGGCAGCAAGAAGGCGGACCAGAAGAAGAAGGAGAAGAUCAUCGAGGACAAAACAUUUGGCCUAAAGAAUAAAAAAGGUGCAAAGCAGCAGAAGUUCAUCAAGGCUGUGACUCACCAGGUUAAGUUUGGUCAGCAGAAUCCACGUCAGGUUGCUCAAUCAGAAAGUGAAAAGAAAUUAAAGAAAGAAGAUAAGAAAAAGGAAUUACAAGAAUUAAAUGAGCUCUUCAAGCCUGUGGUUGCUGCACAGAAAAUUAGCAAAGGUGCUGACCCAAAAUCUGUAGUUUGUGCUUUCUUCAAGCAAGGCCAGUGCACUAAAGGAGACAAGUGCAAGUUUUCUCAUGACUUGUCCUUGGAAAGGAAGUGUGAAAAGCGAAGUGUCUACAUCGAUGCUAGAGAUGAAGACCUUGAAAAAGAUACAAUGGACAACUGGGAUGAGAAGAAGCUGGAAGAAGUAGUGAACAAGAAGCAUGGUGAGGCGGAAAAGAAAAAACCCAAAACCCAAAUAGUCUGCAAAUACUUCCUUGAUGCCAUUGAAAACAACAAAUACGGAUGGUUUUGGGUCUGUCCAGGUGGAGGAGACAACUGUAUGUAUCGCCAUGCCCUCCCUCCAGGCUUUGUAUUAAAGAAAGACAAAAAGAAGGAAGAAAAGCAAGAUGAAAUCUCAUUAGAAGAUCUAAUAGAAAAAGAGCGUGCUGCCUUAGGACCAAAUGUUACCAAAAUUACUCUAGAGUGUUUUAUUGCAUGGAAGAGAAGAAAAAGACAAGAAAAAAUUGAUAAGGCUGAGCAAGAUAUGGAGAGGAGGAAAGCAGAUUUUAAAGCUGGCAAAGCAUUGGUGAUCAGUGGACGUGAGGUGUUUGAGUUCCGGCCAGAGCUGGUUGAUGCAGACGAUGAAGAAGCAGAUGACACACGUUAUGUCCAAGGAGCAGGAGAUGAUGAUGAGACAGAAGAUCCUGUGUGCAUAAAUGAUGUAGAUUUGAACCUGUAUGUCCCCAAGGCAGUAGAGGAGACUGGUAUUACAGUGGCUAAUCCAGAGAGAUUCAGCACAUACACUUCAGUAGAAAAAGAUGAUAAUAAAUUAAAUGAAGCUUCUGGUGGUGAUAUAAACAGCAGCGAGCAAAAUGAUUUAGAUGAAGAUAAUGAUGGAGAUGGGGAAUUGGAAAAUGGAGUCAUUGAUGCAGUUCCAGUUGAUGAAAAUCUCUUCACUGGAGAGGACUUGGAUGAACUAGAAGAAGAACUAAACACUCUUGAUUUAGAAGAAUGAACUAAAAAGCUCCAGUGAGGAAUUAAACCUAUGUGAAAACUGACUACAUUUUUUUCUCCUUUUUGAAUAGAAUUCUUAAACAAGAUGUUUAUGGUUAUGCAGCUGAAUAUGAUGGGCACGUGAUAUACCAGGAAUGUUUUCCUUCAAUCUCAUCUACUCCAGUCUUGGCUAUGCUCACAGUAAAACGUUCAGAGUAGUUCAGAAUUACCCAACAGCUGAAUUUGCAGACAGUGAGAUUAAAACUUCCAGCUAAGAGUAGGAAGUGUAACUGCCUUGCCAGUAUGCAAGUGGGCAGUUUGACAUCAGGUACAGUACAAAAAUCCAAGUAUACAUUCUUCACAAAAAAAAGCAUUUUUAUUAGUGAUUGUGUUGAUUUAGAAACUGCCUGAAGUGGUUUUUAGGCAGGGUACUCUAAUGGAGCUGAUGCAGAUUAUGCUUCUUUAAGUGGUGAUUAGCUUUAUUUGAUCAGCUGGAUACUGAAGAUUGUGAACUGAUAUUUCAUACAAUACCAGUACAGUGCCCUCUGUUUGAAAUGUUUUAAACUUUCCCACCACCUUUUGCCAAUAAAUCUGUAAAUAAAAAUCAUCAACUUUAAAA